GCUCGGAGUGCUCGGAUAGGCUACAGUGAGAGAGGAGAGUCACGUGCCCUGCGCGAGGCCGCUCGGGGCGUGGGCGUGGAGCGGAGGCACGGUGGCCGCCGCAGGCACAGGCGCAGAGUUCACUGCGCAGGGGCGGGCCCGGGGAACUAGCUGGAGGUACGGUGUUCCGUGUCCUGUGGAGGCUUUAGCGGCUCGUGGACACUGCUCUCCCAUUUCCUUUCAUUUCCCCCGUCUUCUCAGUGAGAUUUCUUUGGCUCCACGUUUUGCAAAGAUCAGUUUUGCCUCAGAGUCAACAAACUCUUCAGAUUGGUUCCGGUGUGUCCUAUGUUUACAAGUCAGUGGAAAUUAAACAAAACACAUACAAAUUGAAAAGUCAAAUAAGGAAAUGAAUUACUUCCCUUGACGGCUCUAAUUUUACUUGGCUAAAGCCAAUUUUUAGGUUGGCUUGGGCAGAAAAGUGAAAAGAGAAUGCUCCACUUUAACCGAUGUCAUCAUCUGAAAAAGAUAACACAGAAAUGUUUUUCUAGUAUACAUGUUAAAACGGAUAAACACGCACAGCGAUUUCUUUCAAGAACCUUUGCACUUGCGGAAUUGAGGAAGUCAUGGUAUUCAACCCACUCUCUUGUUGGAGACAAAAAUAUUAUCCUGAUGGGACCUCCUGGUGCUGGGAAAACAACAGUAGGCAGAAUAAUAGGUCAGAAACUAGGUUGUUGUGUCAUAGAUGUGGAUGAUGAUAUCCUUGAAAAAACCUGGAAUAUGAGUGUGUCUGAAAAAUUACAGGAUGUUGGUAAUGAGCAAUUUUUAGAAGAGGAAGGAAAAGCUGUGUUAAACUUCUCUGCAUCUGGAAGUGUGAUUUCCCUUACUGGGUCCAAUCCAAUGCAUGAUGCUAGCAUGUGGCAUCUGAAGAAAAAUGGAAUAAUUGUAUACCUGGAUGUACCUCUACUAGAUCUAAUUCAUCGUCUAAAAUUAAUGAAGACAGAUAGGAUUGUAGGUCAGAAUUCUGGAAAAUCUAUGAAAGACUUACUUAAAUUUAGAAGACAGUAUUAUAAGAAGUGGUAUGAUGCUCGUGUUUUGUGUGAAAGUGGGGCUUCCCCAGAGGAGGUAGCUGACAAAGUGCUGAAUGCAAUUAAAAGAUACCAAGAUGUGGACUCGGAAACAUUCAUUUCAACAAGACACGUUUGGCCUAAAGACUGUGAACAGAAGGUUUCAGCAAAAUUCUUUAGUGAAGCUGUAAUUGAGGGGUUGGCUUCUGAUGGUGGACUCUUUGUUCCUGCGAAGGAGUUUCCAAAAUUAAGCUGUGGGGAGUGGAGAAGCCUAGUAGGAGCAACCUACAUAGAAAGAGCACAGAUACUGUUGGAAAGAUGUAUCCAUCCUGCAGACAUACCUGCUGCCAAGUUGGGAGAAAUGAUUGAAACUGCUUAUGGGGAAAACUUUGCCUGCUCAAAAAUUGCUCCUGUCAGGCACCUUUCAGGCAACCAGUUCAUUCUGGAGUUGUUUCAUGGACCAACGGGAUCAUUUAAAGAUUUGUCUUUACAGCUUAUGCCUCAUAUUUUUGCACACUGUAUCCCACCAAGUUGCAAUUAUAUGAUACUUGUAGCUACUUCAGGAGACACAGGGAGUGCAGUCUUAAAUGGUUUUAGUCAUCUUAGUAAGAAUGAUAAGCAAAGGAUAGCUGUAGUCACAUUUUUUCCUGAGAAUGGAGUAAGUGAUUUUCAAAAAACACAAAUAAUUGGCAGUCAGAGAGAAAAUGGAUGGGCAGUGGGUGUUGAGUCAGAUUUUGAUUUUUGCCAGACAGCUAUAAAAAGAAUUUUUAACGAUUCUGAUUUUACUGGCUUUCUUACUGUGGAAUAUGGAACAAUCUUAAGUUCGGCUAACUCCAUAAACUGGGGCCGACUACUUCCUCAGGUAGUUUAUCAUGCUUCCGCAUAUCUUGAUCUUGUUAGUCAAGGAUUUAUUUCUUUUGGAAGCCCAGUCGAUGUCUGUAUUCCCACAGGAAACUUUGGUAACAUUUUAGCAGCAGUGUAUGCCAAAAUGAUGGGAAUCCCAAUUCGAAAAUUUAUCUGUGCCUCUAAUCAGAACCAUGUUUUGACUGAUUUUAUAAAAACAGGACAUUAUGAUCUAAGGGAAAGAAAAUUAGCACAAACCUUUUCACCCUCAAUAGAUAUUCUCAAAUCUUCAAACCUAGAACGACAUUUACACUUGAUGGCUAAUAAAGAUGGGCAACUAAUGACAGAAUUAUUUAAUCGAUUAGAAAGUCAGCAUCACUUCCAGAUAGAAAAGGCUCUAGUUGAGAAACUUCAGCAGGAUUUUGUAGCUGACUGGUGCUCUGAGGGAGAGUGCCUAGCAGCUAUUAACUCCACCUAUAAUACUUCAGGGUAUAUUUUGGAUCCACACACUGCUGUUGCAAAAGUGGUUGCAGAUAGGGUGCAAGACAAAACUUGCCCUGUGAUUAUCUCAUCUACAGCCCAUUACUCAAAGUUUGCACCUGCUAUCAUGCAGGCUUUAAAGAUUAAAGAAAUCAGUGAGACUUCAUCAAGCCAGCUCUAUUUACUGGGUUCAUACAAUGCAUUACCUCCACUGCAUGAGGCUUUAUUAGAGAGAACAAAACAGCAAGAGAAGAUGGAGUACCAGGUCUGUGCAGCUGAUAUGAAUGUCUUGAAGAGUCAUGUGGAAAAACUUAUCCAAAAUCAAUUCAUAUGAAAGCUUUCAGAGUAAAUUUUUUUUUCUAGCUGUAAGCAUGCAAUAAUAAAUCUCAAAUAUUGAUUUGGAGUACAGUAGCAUUUUGCCUUUUAUGUAAAUAUCUCUAUAUCUGGUUGGAAUUUCAAUAGUCUGAUCUCUAGGGCUGACAGACCUCCAUGGCACCUCCUCAGAUCUUUAAUCUGGAAGUGACAAAAGGUAACACUGUGCACGGACCUUUGAGCUAUCAUGCUUUUGCCUUGUGCGCAUGAGGGGUGUAUCAGUUUCCACUCCCACACCCUCACUGUUAUGUGGACCAAAAUGUCUGGUAUACGAUUUGGCAAUUAAAAUAUUUAAGCCCAGUUUUCAGGUACUACAUCUGUAACUAGUGAAUACUCUGUUGGUUAGAAAGUUAAUUUACCACUCAAAAUGGCUAACUUGAAUGGAGGAAGUAGUAAACUCUUCUAUUAGGAUUAGGGCCAGUGUUUUUUGUUUUUUGGUGCAGUUUCAGCUCACUGCAACCUCCGCCUCCUAGGUUCAAGUGAUUCUCCUGCCUCAGCCUCCCAAGUAGCUGGGAUGACAGGCAUGCACCGCCACACACGGCUAAUUUUUUUAUUUUUAGUAGAGAUGGGGUUUCGCCAUGUUUUCCAGGCUGAUCUUGAACCUCUGACCUCAGGUGAUCCACCCACCUCGGCCUCCCAAAGUGCUAGGAUUACAGGUGUGAGCCUCUGCACCUGGCUAGGGCCAGUGUUUUUAACCCUCCUCAAAUUCCAUUUUGGACUACAACUAGUGCGUAUCCCGCACUGUCCAAAUUAAAGAUGUAAUUAAAGAUGUACUCUGUCCUUCACUCUCCUUUGGAUGUUUACGGUUAGGGUGAUGAUGUUUGAAAAUCAAGACGUUACUGAAAUCCAGGAUGAAACAGUAAGCAGAACUACUUAGAAAUGAAUACAGAAAUAAAAUGAUCUAUUUCAAGAUAAAAGUUUUCCAAAAUUAAGAGUACUUGAGUAGUCUCAAUAGGAGUGUAUUUGUAGACAGCAGUUUCCCUAUAUUAUUUGGAGUCAAUUCUUACGUAAUUUGUUGUUUCUUUCUUAGUGAACAUUGUCUUUUUCUGGCAGCUGAAACUGCACACAACUGAUACACAUAUUUAAUUUGUAUUCCUUUGUAGUAAUACAUUUUAACCAUGAUUUAUGUUUGUGAAUUUACUGGAUGUUUUCUUUCUGAAUUAAAGAUUGUCAAGACCAA